AUGACCCCUUACCGUGUUUACUCUGAAAUUAAUCAUCACCUGAAAAAUGCGCCUUGUCGCAGCCGUAAGGAGCAACAGUGUCGAUACUCCUUUCAAAAGCACCAGUCCCUGGAUGAGGCCUCAAGUCCACCACCACUCCGUACUGGUCUUUCUCUGCCUCGUCACCGCUCAGUGCGGCCACGGGUGACGGCAAAAACCUUACAGCUUUCCGCAAAGGAAGAAAUUGGAUGUCCGAUUGAGCGGGAACAUAUCAUCUGUGAACGGAUUGCUGACAGAAGAGGAAAGGCUUUGGUUGUUUGCAGGGAUGAUAUUCAAGCAUUUGCCCUUCCAAUGACGCCAUAG